AUGUCGUUCAUCACUAAACCGUGUAGAUCCACGCUAGGCAUGAUGGAAUGCACUUCUUUAAAACACGGUGCCAUGAACAGUUCACCACGACUGUAUUGUAUAACGCUAGAGGUCAAGGAUGUUGCAUACAACAUUCGCCAAACGAGAAGGUUUAUGUUGUACGACAACUCAAGCGUCAUAAAAACAUGGAACGAAAAUCGAACUUAUACAUUUAAUAUUCGGCCUGUAGAUAUUGCCGACAAUACUUUCAAUGAGUCUAGAACCGUCUAUAUUGAUCGCUCACCACCCCAUUUAACUAACAUUUGGUUAAUGAAAGACGGGUAUGAGAUGUUAUAUGUUCACAACAGCACGGAUUUGUCAAAGAUGCAGAUGACGUUCGACGCAUUGGACCCGCAUAGUGGACUGCAAAUGAUUAGCUGGGAAUUCGGAAUCGCCGAUACCACAACAGUGUUAAUAGGCGGUAAUAUAGGUGUAGUCGAGGCUAAAAACGCAAAAUGCCCAGCUGACACUGUUGAUUGCUAUUGCCCAGACAUAGGAAUGUGUGCAUUUGUCAACUACUCAAUCCCGCUUAAUGAACUCGUUCAUGCACAUACUCAUAUCGGGAACCACAACAGGAAGUACUUCUUCACAAUAACAAUAACUAACAACGCAUUGCUUACAACAAAAGAGCGCAUGGAUGUGCUUGUUGAUAAGUCACCACCAGAAGAAGGAGUAAUUUACGAAGGUCCUUUGGAUUACAAGGAUAUUGAUUACACGAGUGAGGAUUCAUUUGUUAUUCAUUGGCAUGGAUUUAUUGAUCAUGAAAGUGGAAUCAAACUAUACAGGUUAGGGCUUGCGGCCAGAUGCUUGACAAACAAUGAACUAUACAACUUUACAGAAGUGACUGAGAUUAUGGUAUACAAAGAACUAACUGAAACAUCCGUUCGUUUCCCAGCAAAUUUCACAGGAAAACGCUUCGUGACCAUUAUUGCUCUUAACCAUGCCAUGGAGUCUUCAAAGCCUGUUUGCUCGGAUGGAAUCACAAGAGAUACCUCAGCCCCUCUUAUUCGUAACUUAACAAUCGGGCAUGCUGCAUGGACCGAGACAGUCGAGGAAUCAGGAAGUCAAAUAGAUGACUUUUAUGUUGGGCUUGGCCUAGACACAACAGAAUUGAAUGCGCCACGUUUGGUUGACUAUAUUUCUACCGAUAGAAACACAUACUUCAGACAUCGACAUGAAGCAAUUGGAUCCGAAGAACUUCUCUAUGUCUUCAUCAAAACAGUAAAUAAGGCAGGAUUGUCGAACAUCGUUACUUUGGGUCCUAUCUUGAUCGACCAAACCCCGCCGCAUUCAAUUAGUAACAACUCAAUAUACUUUUUCCUUGUGAAGGCUACCUGUAGCGAUGGUUCCACUACAUCCGCGUCGAACGGAGUCCGAUUUUGCUUUCGAUUCCCGAUAUUGGACAGCAUCAUACAUUACUUCACGAUUCUGAACUGA